AGCGCAUUCAUCAUCAUGGGUUUGCAGAGAGGGCAUUGUUAUUGUGAUGUAGGAGGAUUUGAGAAGUAUGCUGAGAAAGCAAAGACUUUGCCAGAGAGCACAUCAAAUGAGAACAAGCUUAUCCUUUAUGGAUUGUACAAGCAGGCCACUGUUGGACCUGUCAACACCAGCCGUCCUGGAGUGUUCAACAUGAGGGACAGAGCUAAGUGGGAUGCAUGGAAGGCUGUUGAAGGGAAAUCCAAGGAGGAAGCAAUGAAUGACUACAUCACCAAGGUGAAACAGCUGUUGGAAGAAGCUGGCCUCCCUGCUUGAUAACAUUGUCAUCAUCACUUUGAUGUCUUGCUUUCUGAUUCUGUGCUAGAAAGUUCUUAUUUAAGGGUUUUGGAAAUAAACAAUGGCAGUGUUUGAUCUAGAACUCCCAUCUCAAGCAUGUAUCAUCUUAUAUAUGUUUGAUGAAUUAGAUAUGUUGGUUUGAGUUGGGUUAUCUAUAUCGCUACAAUUGAAACAUCUAUCUAUUAUUAGAAUUAAGAUUAUUUGAA